AAGUGUCCGGACUGGAAGGGGGUGAAAGUGUCCGGACUGGAAGGGGGUGAAAGUGUCCGGACUGGAAGGGGGGGAAAGUGUCCGGACAGGAAGGGGGGGAAAGUGUCCGGACUGGAAGGGGGUGAAAGUGUCUGGACUGGAAGGGGGUGAAAGUGUCCGGACU